AUGGCAGAAAACAGCAAGUUUUUGCUAAAUGAUGCCUUCCAUUACAAACUUAUAAAAUUCAUCCCAUAUGUUGAACUAGAAGGUCUGACUAAGGUUGAUUGUGGUAAGUUUGGAAGUAUCUCCGUUGCAUAUUGGCCAAAAAUAAGAAAGAAAGUUGCUGUGAAGAGGCUACUUGCUUUUGAGGAGGACGAUACAGCCAAUGAAAAGUUUUUUCAUGAGUUACAAAUUCAAAAGCGAGUGGAAUACCAUGACAACAUAAUUCGAAUCUUGGGUAUUAGUCAAGAUCCAUGUAAUAAAGAUCGUCUACUUCAUUCAAGAAAUAUUUUAAUCGACAAUGGUGAACCAAAAAUUGCAGAUUUUGGGAUUUCUAAAAGCCUUGAUACCAUGUCAAAUUCGGUUAACGAGACACCAGUUAUUGGAACACCGCAAGAAUAUGUUUUGCUUUAUCAAGAAUGUUGGAACAAGACUCCACAGCUCCGACCAAACAUCUACACUGUUUUACAAUCUCUUGAAAGGAUAACUGAAGGUUACACGGAGAGUAUAGAAGCUACUUCGCCCAUUUUAGACACCACGUCGCCCACAUCUGAUCGACAAAUAACUCAAAGAAAUAUCGACAUUAAUACAGAUUCAGAUGCAUAUAAUUCCUUACAAUACAACCUUGUAAUUCCUGAUGAUAUCUGGUCUUCUGAAUGUGUCAAAGAUCUGACUUUCAUGGAUACCCCCAAAUCUACUAUGAACAUUGAUUUAUCCCAACCUUCUCAGACAUUGAAGAUAGUCACGCAGCCAACAUUUUUCGAAAGAAACAUAGAACCCUCAAUUGAAACGAUACGUACUUCUAUUCCAGAAACAGAUACUUUAACAACAUCUGGAUCUUCACAUAAUCAAGCUAUCAUAUCAUCUAAGAAAAAUGACCAAAAUUCGCAAAAUCACAAUUUCACAAAAGUUUCCAGAUCGUCAAAUCUGCUACCAUUUCUCAGCAAGGAUGAAAUCAGAUUAAAAAUUGUAGUUAUAGGUAGUGGUGCAGUUGGUAAAUCAAGUCUUUUGGAGGCAUUUGUAUUUGGCAAAUGUCAACUUGUUUACAUUCCUACAGUCUUUGAGAAUUUUUGUGUAAAUGUUGAAAUUGAUGGACAAUAUGCGUCGUUGUCAUUAUGGGAUACAGCUGGUCAAGAGGAUUACGAGAAACUAAGGGUGGCUUCGUACCCGGCUACUCAUACAUUUUUGAUUCUAUUUUCUGUUGAUUGUCCCGAUACCUUAGAAAAUGUAAUAGAUAAGUGGGCGGUGGAAGUGGAUCGUUACUCCAAAUCUGCACCAAUCAUUCUAGUCGGUACCAAGAUAGAUACAAGAAACGAUGAAAAAACAAUUAGAUACCUACAAAAAUCCUAUCGAAAACCGAUAACUUAUGAAGAAGGAUCUAAAGUUGCAAAACUGAUAAAUGCGGUUAAAUAUUUGGAGUGUUCAGCGUUGAAUUGUGAAGGUGUGAAUGAGGUGUUUGAGCAUGCUGCCCGUACUGCGCUUGCAUUUUCUCUCACCAGGAAGAAUCAUAAGAAAUGUGUG